AUACACGUAAUAGUCGAACACAUUUCAGAAAGAAAAAAAAGAUGUAGUCGAACAGAGAGGAAAAGACAAAGGGAUAGAAAUCGAUUCCCAGAUCUCAUCGACCCCCCAAAUCCUUCUGCUCCUCCGAACAGCUUGAUUCGCAGCAGGAUCGAGCGGAAGGCGCACAGACGCAGGGGUGAGGGCACGGGCGGCAGCACCUGGACGGACGCCGUGUGGAUCUCGUCGACGACGUUGGGCGGGGAAGCUCUCUCCCUGGACGGACGCGGUCGAUCUCGGCGACGACGUUAAGUAGCGAAGCUUCGCGGGCGAUCGAGUUGAUAUUCUUCUUGAGCGCGCGAGAUCAAGCUACCCAAAUUGCGGGUGCCGUUUAUAUUUCCAAAAAAAUUAGGGGUUUAACUGAGCCCCCCAUGCCCCACGUCAAGUCCGUCCCUGCUACCUUGGGUGCCGGUGCAAUGCCCUGCGGGUCCUCAGCCGGUGAUGGUGAAGUGGAGGCUGGGUUUGCGAAGCUCCAGGGCGAAGAUUUUGAGUACUACAUGCAGACUUACUCAAUCAUGCUGGGGCGCAACAGCAAAAAAUCGACGGUGGACGUCGAUCUCUCGAGCCUCGGUGGUGGCAUGAACAUCUCUCGCCACCACGCCCGGAUAUUUUACGACUUUCAGCGCCGCCGGUUCGCGCUUGAUGUCAUCGGCAAGAACGGUUGCCUUGUCGAGGGUGUUCUGCACCUUCCUGGAAACCAGCCUGUUAAGCUUGAUUCGCAGGAUCUGCUUCAGAUUGGGGACAAGAAGUUUUACUUUCUACUACCCACACGAUCGAUCUUCGCCUCAGCUGCCGCUGCGCGACAUGCUCCUAUCAUUCCUCCGCAGCUCCCUCCACCAUCAUACACACGGCCUGGCCGUCCUCGUUUGUCAGAUUUUCAUGACCGCUCGUUUGAAGGUGAUUAUGGCCGGGAUGUUGAUGACAUUGGGAAUGGUAUCAAUGAAGGUGCAGUGAGGGGAAAGUUGAUAAAGAGAAACAAGAAGUCUUCUGGAGAGUUGGACGUCUAUGGUGGGCACCGAAUUAAUGUGGAAGCAAUAGGGACGCUAGGUGAAGACAGUAGAUCAGAAAUAAGAUCUAGGGGUGACAGGGAUAUAGACAACCAACAAAUCCUUCAAGCAGAAGAGAAGGAUGUCGUGUCAUCUGUUGCGACAGUGUUAUCGGACCUAUGCGGCCCUGGAGAAUGGAUGCCCAUGGCAAAACUCCACACAGAGCUUCUUGAACAGUUUGGCAAUGUGUGGCACCCCAGCAGGGUUCGAAAGUACCUAACGCCAGAGGACUGGUCGCCAACCGAGACGAAGAGCAGGCCUUGGUAUGGCCUUCUGGCUCUGCUCAGAAAGUACCCAGAGCAUUUUGUCAUUAACACAAGAUCGAAAGGCAGAGUAACCUCGGAGUUUGUUUCGCUGGUCUCCUUGCUCUCCUAGAGGGAAGUACUAAGGACCGAGAGGGCCUGAUGAGGAAAUAACUGACUUACUGGUUCCAUUUUCAGUCUGUGUUCAGGAAGGCGGAGGCGCAUCCUCGCCUCUUCUUGUUUCCAUAGCUGUAUUGGACCCUGUUGUACUGUAGUAUCCCACAUGUUUGCUCUGCUUACACUUGAGGCCUGUAAUGUUGAGAGUGAUACAUGUUUGCAACUGUAAUGUUGAGAGUGAUACAUGGAAACAUGAGUUUUAACUUAUAUUAGCGUCUUCGCAGCUUGGUUCA